UAGUCACUCAAGAUCUUCCGAAUCGUUAUCGAAAGAACGAAAAAUGGGAUAUCUUAUGAAUUCUUAUCAGUUUCGUGAGUUCUUUCGAAAAGAAGUGAAAAAACUGGACACAGAUCAAGUGGAAAUGCCACCAAAGACGAGUAAAAAGGAUUCCAACAGGAAAAUGGCAAAAAGGAGCAAGGGCAAGACUGCAAAACCAAAAGGAAAAUUACAUUUAGAAGCAACAACUUCAAAAUUUCCGAAACCAAGGAUUACUAAGAAGGGAGCCCCAUCUGAAGCAAAGCAUUCAAUUUCACGGAAAGUGACCAGGCCUUCAGGUCAGGCAAUAAAGGAACUUAAUUUGCGUAGAAGUAGACGAAUUGCGAAUAGAACUAAGACCGAAUCAGCCACCAGAGAACUGCCAAAAAAAGAGAUGCGAAAACCCACUCUUAAGAGAGUAGAGUCAGUGAAACCUCAAAAACGUCUCGGUCUGCUGCCGCGUCUACCAUCAGAUUACAGUGGCACCUGCUGAGUUGGUGGGAGCAAAUGAUCCUGAAGCAAGAAGGAUUGUUGUCGGGAAUGCUGAUGUCAAGCUUGUUUAAUGUUCAACUAAUGUUUUCUUCUCGUUUGUAAACU